AUGAAACCAUUGCCAUCAACUUCCUCCAAGACGCCUGUCAAAUUUAGAAUGCCGACGUCUGAGAACUUGGUACCCAUUCGUUUGGAUAUUGAAGUUGACGGGCAGCGCUUCAAGGAUGCAUUCACCUGGAAUCUAUCUGAUCCAGAUUCUGAAGUAAGUGUUUUCGCUAAGCGAACACAGAAAGACUUGAAGCUUCCUCUUGCUUUUGCUACGCAGAUUGCCCAGUCUAUUCAGACGCAACUGACAGAGUUUCGAUCAUAUCAAGGCCAAGAAAUGCUCACUGGGGAGAAAAUUGUCCCAAUCAAGCUGGAUCUUCGAGUGAAUCACACACUUAUCAAGGAUCAAUUUUUGUGGGACUUUAACAACUUUGAUAGUGACCCUGAAGAAUUCGCUAAGACCUUUUGCAAUGAUUUGGGCAUUGAAGACCCUGAAGUGGGGCCUGCGGUCGCCUUUGCAAUCAGAGAACAACUUUAUGAGAUUGCUAUUCAAAGUGUAGCAACAGCAAGGGAAAGUCGAAAUGCCAAAAAGGGUCGUCGUGGCGAAUAUUCUUCCAUUUCAAGUAGGUCAACUGGUGCUGCACUGGACUUGAUGAAGUUAUUCAGCAACAGAUAUAGUGUUGUCCGGAAGAGGAAGGAAUGGGAUGUGUACGAGCCAAUGGUGGAUAUCCUAUCAAACGAGGAAGUAAAUGCCCUUGAAUCAAUGGAAGAGAGGAAACCCCGUUGA